AUGGAAGAAGAAAGCGAUGAGUAUAGUGAAGAAGACGAAGAAAAUUAUGAAGAAGACGAAGAAGAUGACGAAGAAGAUGACGAAGAAGAUGGUGAAGACGAUGAGGAGGAAGAGGAGGAGAUUAAAAAACAAUUACAAAAUGUUUCAUUUUCAACUUUACUAAAAAUUAAAAAGAAUGGACCAACAAAGCAACAACAAAAAUCACUACCACUCCAAAAACAACCACAAAAACAAUCACAAGAAGAAUUUAAUAGUAAAGAUAAUAGUAAUAAUAGUAAAAAUAAAUUUAAUAUAAAAAGAGAAAAUAAUGAUGCUCCUGUCGAAAUGUCUGCAAAAAUACCAGUUUCAAGAUUUAAACAAAUAGUACCAAAUAAAAAACUAAAGUUUAGAGACCCAAGAUUUGAUUCACUUUCCGGAGGUACAUUUAAUGAAGAGGUUUAUAGAAAGAGAUACGGAUUUUUAGAUGAUGUUAUUAAAAAAGAUAUCGAUAAAAUGGAGAAGCAACAUAAAGAAUUAGAAGAAGGAACAAGAGACAAAGAAAGAUUAUCAAGAAUGAUUCAAUCUAAACGUUCACAAUUAAAAGCACAACAAAUGAAGGAUGAAAAGAGAGAUACCCGUAAUAAACUUUUAGAAAAAGAAAUUUCACAUGUCAAAAAAGGUAAAGCUCCAUAUCACAUCACCAAUAAGAAAUUAAAAGAAUUUGAAUUACAAGAGAGAUUCAAACAAUUAAAACAAUCAAACAAAUUAGACAAAUAUAUCGAAAAAAGAAGAAAGAAAACAUCUCACAAAGAAAUGGUAUAUUUACCAAAAAGAAGAAAUUUAUCAGACGAAUAA